AUGCCCGCUCAUCCAGACGCUAAUCUUCAUCCCGAGGCAACGGGUACCGCCAAGGCAUUGGUUGAGAAGCACAGUGCAGAGCAACCGUUGAAGUUGUAUGCGGGGUGGUUCUGUCCAUUUGUCCAGCGAGUCUGGCUCGCUCUAGAAGAGAAACAGAUCCCCUACGAAUACAUUGAGGUCAAUCCAUACAACAAACCAGACUCACUACUGUCUCUCAACCCACGCGGUCUAGUCCCAACCCUCUCAUGCCCAACAAAGCCGAAUCCCCAACCACUUUACGAAUCCACCGUUAUCCUGGAAUACCUGGAAGAAGCAUACCCCACACACAGUCCGAGUUUCCUCCCAAAAGACCCAUACGAGCGCGCCCGCGCCCGCACCUGGAUUGACUACGUAACCUCUCGCAUCAUUCCAUCAUUCCACCGAUUCCUGCAGUACCAGCCGGAAGGAACCGCUUCAAACGACCCGGGAUUAGACCAGGCCCGGCAGGAUUUUCUAACCCACCUAAAGGCAUGGACAAUGGAGAUGCACCCUGAGGGCCCAUUCUUCCUUGGUUCAGAGCUAUCUUUGCCGGAUCUUGUGCUGGCACCGUGGGCUGUGCGGUUGUGGGUGUUUGACGAGUUUAAGGAUGAGGUUGGUAUUCCGGCUGAUGGAGCUGGUGGGGCGGAUGAGGGAGUGUGGAAGAGAUUUAGGAAGUGGUUUAGUGCUAUCGAGAGUCGAAAGAGUGUGAGGGAGACGACGAGUGAGACGGAGUUUUAUUUGCCUAUUUACAAGCGGUAUGCGGAUAAUGUUGCGCAGAGUGAAUUGGCCAAGGCUACUCGGUCGGGACGGGGUGUUCCGUGA